CGCGUGUUGGGCCGGCCCACGCGAGUGUGACGCGUCAGCCAUUCCACCCUCUCCCGCAGACCCGCACACACAUCACAUCCAGACCUAGCCACCAACGGUUACCAUGGCAGCAUCGCCGCCGCGCCGCCGCGCCUCGCCGCCGUCGAUCCCGGACGAGCUAUUCGAAGAGAUCCUCCUCCGCCUCCCACCCGACGACCCCGCCUGCCUCCUCCGCGCCUCCCUCGUCUGCAAGGCCUGGAGCCACACCGUCUCCAGCCCCAGAUUCCGCCGCCGCCUCCACGAGCUCCACCCCACACCCCCCGUGCUCGGCGUCCUCCACAACUGGGAAUACGACGCCAUCCCCCGAUUCAUCCACACCACCGCAUCGUCCUUCUGCCUCGCCGCCCCGGACUCUCGCUCCUGGCGUGCCCUUGACUACCGCCAGGGCCGCGCCCUCUUCCUCUCCAAGGGCCAGGACGCCGAGGAGCUCCUUGUGUGGGAGCCAAUCACGGGCGCCCAGCAGCGCGUACCGGUGCCCGCGGCGUUCCAGGGCGACUACCCGACGGCUGCCGUGUUCUGCGCAAUGGACGGGUGCGGCCACCGCGACUGCUUCGGGGGCCCUUUUCGGGUGGUCUUCGUCUUCUGUGUCGAUGAAGAAGACGCUGAGCUGGAUCCGUUUCUCACGUCGGCCGCCGUGUACUCGUCGGAGACCGGCAUGUGGGGCGAGCUGACCUCGAUGCACGGUGAGUUCGUGAUGUACUUCGAAUUUUAUUCCAGCGUGCUCAUUGGAAGGUCACUCUACUUCUUGUCCGACGGUGGGUUGAUCCUGGAGUAUGAUUUAGUGAGGCACGGGCUGACUGUGUUCAACACACCUCAUUGCCAACCCGAUUACAUGUCUGAUGAUGAUGGGUUUGACUAUAGAUAUAACCUAAUGCUGGCGGAGGGGGGUGCACUGGGUGUUAGUCAAGAAUUGGGUCAGCGUCUCAAAUUGUGGACAAAAGAGCCAAGUUACGGCACUGAUGCGAUAUGGGUACUUAGCCGGGUCAUCAACUUGAAUAUGUUGCUUCCAAAUGAUGCUCUCGUGGAUGCAACAAAUUCGGUGCAAGUGUUGGGCUUUGCUCAGGAAGCAAAUGUCAUUUUCGUGGUGACGGUUGCUGGCCUCUUCUCAAUUGAGCUGCAAUCCAAGCGGGUGAGUAAGGUGUGCAGUCAUCGUGGCUUCUGUAAUCUGAUUCCAGUUGUCAGCUUCUACACUCCACAUGCUAGGCUCGAAGCACUCAUGGGGCGAACACCAUGACCCACCGCCGUGGCUGAACCCAACUCAGGCGAUCUCUGCUGAACCUUCUCCAAAGAGGACUGAUGGCAGAUGAUUCGCCAUCCGUGAAAUGUGGUAGCAGCUAGAUGGAAGUUCAGAAUUUGCCAAGAUAUGCCUGUAAGGCUGGAACUUUGUAACACGAUUUUAUUAUUCCCCUGUCAUAUUCCCUCAAUGCUUGAUACUUACCUGUUGAAUGGAAGGCUGGAACUUGAUGUCCUUUCGUAUUUUUGGUAUCAGCACACUACAAGUUUAUUUUAUCUACUUGCAUCUACUCAUCCAUUGUUUCUAGGUGUUUCUCAGUAAUACCUUCCCACCACUAUCCAGCUGCAUUGUUUGUUGUGGUCCGAUUUUUUCCAUUGUUUCCUCUUUACUGUUUAAAAUUGGAGGCGUAUUUGCUUUUAUCUUGGAGGUUUGUAGAAGCCAUUUUGGAUGUUCUUGUUCAUGUGCAAGAGGUGCUUCUUAAGCGCAACUCAUAUGUGCUAUUUAUUAAGUUCUGAUUUACUUAAUUUAUCAGCUAGCAUUACAUGCCUCUUAGAGGAAUUAGCCUUCUAUAGAUAUCUGCAUUUCUCAACACUUGUUUUUUAUUCUUGCCGGUUCUUCUUUAAAAAAGAUAUAUUUAAUUCUGUAGUAUGUGCCGGCCUAUUCGGUGUACGAAAUGUUCGCCUGUUUGGAGACUAGUUUUCUUCUUUUCAAAUCAACAUUUGUUUUAUGUCUCUUAAAUUCUGCAACGUAUCUGAAUUACAUUUCAUUUCUUAAAAAAAACUGUGCUGUGGGUUGACCAUAUCUGAAUUUGUGUUCGCUGCCACAUGUCAGCUAUUUGCCUUCUAAAUUUAUGUACACAUAUUUUAAUCUUUGUUAUCAAUACAUUUGUAAUAGCAGUGCCAGUUUGAUCAUAUAUGGAUCUAUCUAAAUAGUGUACUUGCACAGGCUAGCUUUAACUACACAAGAGCAGCAAUCCUGUCUUACAUAAAUUAUGGAAUAAUGUGAGUAGUUGCUGUUAAAUGAAUCAGUCUAUUUUCAUGAUCAUGCUAUAAUGAUUAAGUUUGUCGUUUAAGCAUUUGUAUGCAUCUCUUCCUGUUGCUAUUUUUUUUUCUAAUAAGAACACUGACAUAGUCGUUGGUUAGGGGGCAACUCAAAUGGCAACAACAGAAGCCGAAAAGUACUGUAAAUAAUCUUGGGGUUGUAGGAUAAGGCUUCAGAUGGGGUAAUGUCAGGCCUCUGCUGAAGCUUCUCCAGAAGAGGCUUGCAACAGAUUGUUCACCGUUUGUGAAAUGUGGUUCAGCUAGAUAUAAAGUUCUGAAAUUGCCAAGAUAUGCUUGAGACACGGUAUUAGAUGUUCCUACUGCAUGUUCAUGUUGCUUCAAUGGUCAAUACUCAUCUGUUGAUGUGUAUACAAGUUGCUAGAUAAGUGUCGUUGUCAUUCGGCAUUUGAUCUCUCUCUCUCUGGU